AUGUCCGAAAAUUCAGAAACAAGAAAUAAAAACGCUAGCUGCCUGCAUUGCAGAGUGCACAAUUCAAAACUAGAAUAUCAAGAGAUAUUCGAUGAAGUGGGCACAGAAAUUGGCUUACCGGAACUUAUACUCAAAUAUUUUGAUAUCAAUGUAAAGCCAAAUGCACAAAAGUCACAGCUACUUUGCCAAGAGUGUGUAAAUACUCUCAUACGCUUCUUUGACAUCGACGAACUGCAAAGGGAGCAAGAUGCCGCCAAUGCAGCCAAGAGCAAACCUAGCGAGCAGCCAAGGAUUGCUGUUACGCCUGUUGCUAAUCUGCGACAUGCUACGAAGGAAGCAAAAUCAAUCGAAAAGCAGACACAUUCACCUUCACCUCAGCCUGCGGCAGCUGUACCUAAGACGCCAGCAGUCGCUGCAAAAAAACUGUCGACACUAGUGACACAGAAGCGUUUAAAAUUGCCCGUAAAACCACAGAACGAGGAAGCAGCACAGCCAGUUGAGCCCAGCAAGCGUAUGACUAGAAGUAAAUCGUCCCCAAAAGCGCUGCCCAAAGAAACAAAAGCAGUUAAGCCUCAGAAGAGGCGCAGCAAUAACAAGGAUGUGCCAACAGCAGUCGAGCAGGAGCAGAUCAGUGAUCUUAUACGCGACAUUCUCAACGAUGACGAAGCGCCGCCAGCUGACAAAGUGGCGGAUGCCAUAAAGACUGUAAGCAAAUUGCAAGCGAAGCAGCAGAAGCAACAGCAAAAGGAGCAUGAGGUUGAAUACAUGAUUGAGCAUGCGGAGGAUAGCGCAACAACGGUGCGGAAUGUCCAAGCAAAGCCGCAGAAACAGCAACAACAGAAGGAUGAGGUAGAAUACAUGAUUGAGCAUUCCGAGGAUAGCACUUCGCUGCGAAAUUUCGGAUUAAAGGCGCCGCUUUCAACAACGCAGUCCCAAGACGACAGCCUAAGCGAGGAAGGUGACUCCAUCAAAGUGGAGCCGUUUAACUUUGUGCUUAUCAAAGAGACUGAUGAUAUAGGUGAUCUCUAUGAUUAUUUGGACACUGUGGUGAAGACUUGCUUUGAGAGCCUAAGCUUUGAAUGGGCGACAGUCUGUAGGCACUGCUCGUUAAAGUGCUCCAGCUUUGAGGCUUUGCUGGCGCAUAUGCUGAAGAGCCAUAAGCUAGGCGAGCAGCGCUACAAGUGUCCAAUUGAAGGCUGUCCAGAGCAGUUAAAAGGACGCAAAUUCUUAGCCAUGCAUUUGGUUGUGCUGCAUGCGCCUGUGGCAGACAUACCCAUAUAUGGGAGUUGUCCGGAAUGUCAUCUGACUUUCUCCAACAUAUUGCAGUAUAAUAAACAUUCUUGCGCUCAUGUUAUUAAAAAACGACGCGGUGUGCGUUUGUAUUGCGAAAUGUGCGGGCUGGAAUUUCCUUCCUGGAAGCGCUUUAACUUUCAUAAUCAGUUUCAUUUGGAGCGCCAUAGACCACGUGCCUGCUUUGUUUGCAACUAUGCGGACACCAACAUUGAUGAUCUGUUUCAGCAUCUGCACUAUGCGCAUGAGCCCGAGGGCACGCUCUUCUGUGAUCUCUGUGAUCGCAAUUUCCGUGAUGCAUCUGUUUUAAUCGAGCAUAAUAAAUCUCAUGCCAAUGUCAGCAGCAAUGCCACCAAUUUCCGCUGCACCGAAUGUAACGCCAACUUUGAAACGCGUGGACGUCUCAAUGGACAUAUGCGCAUUAUGCAUGGCUCUGUCAUUAGCUGUGAGCUCUGCUCUCGUGAGUUCUCCACCGAGGCCACCUUCAAUAUUCACAUGAAGAAACAUUUGAUCAUAGAGCGGGAUCUGCAUGUCUGCAACAAUUGCGGUUUGCUCAGCGACAGUCAGAGCAAGUUGUUGGCCCACGUUGAGAACGAAGUUUCGCCUUGCUUUGGCGCUGACCACUAUGUUGAGGUCCUGCGAGAUGCCUAUGUGUGUGAAUACUGCUCGGCUUACUAUAAACAAAAAACAGAUUUGCGUGCGCAUCGCGAUUCAGGAGCGCACAAGGAUGGCCUGUUCUGGUGUCAGCCUUGCAACAAAGAGUUCACAGACAUGAAGUUCUAUCGCCAUCAUCUGCGCAACUUUCAGCAACUGCGCACGGACACAGCGCAUCGCAAACUGGAGGUGUGCCUAUACUAUAUGUGCGAUUUUGAAGCCUGCACUGAGUCUUAUGUGAAUUGGAAUUCGCUUUAUACGCACAAGCGACGCACGCAUGAUGCUGCGGAUAAGUUGGAGCCCAAGCCUAAGAACAACGAAUGGAUAUGUCAGUUCUGUCAGAAGGAGUGCCGUUCCAAAAUGUCGCUUUCGGUGCAUGUAGCACGCAGUCAUAAUAACAAUAAUGUAACAUGUCCCAUUUGCAAGUCGUCUUAUAAGGACGAGGAGGCAUUGAAGAAACAUCAUGACUACUGGCACGAGCCCAUUGAGUGCUCCAUCUGCUCCAAAAUGGUUAAAAAUCGACGCAACUUUGAUACGCACGUAAAUGUUGUGCAUUCAAAUAAUAAACGCUAUGCCUGCGGCGUUUGUAAAAAGGGUUUCUAUCAUAAAAGCGAAAUGGAGGCGCAUCAGCGUUUGCAUGCGCAGCUGUUUGGCUGUGAUCAGUGCAGCUUUACCACGCGACACAAGAAAUCGCUGUCGGUGCAUGUGCUGGGACAGCAUUUCAAACGCUUUGGCUACGAGUGCAAGAGCUGCGAUAAGCGCUUUGGACGUCAUCAGGGCUUGCUCAAGCACAUGCAACGUGUGCAUGGCUCCAGAUAUUUGUGCUCCGACUUCUACGAUGGCGGCUGCAAGAAAGUCUUGAGCUCGGUGGUGCAGCUGAAGACGCAUGUGCGUAAGGUGCACAACAGUCAGCUGGUUAUCGAUGAUGAUUCCAAUGAGGCGACGGAGCAGCAGACAACAAGCGAUGCAGACACUGCAAUUGCUGCAGUGUCGCCAGCAAAGAAGCGCAGCGUGCGCAUUGACAAGGAGACACAUGUGGAGUUUAUAGGCGAUGAGGAGGAUAUGGUGGAGGAGGAGGAGGAGCAGGAGGAGCAGUGGGAGAGCAUGAGUGAGACGGAAUCUGAAAUCAAACAGCCGCAGCCAAAGAAGAAGCGUUUAAACUAAUUUGAUUGUUGCUUUU